CUUACGCGCCGGCCUCAAAAUGGCCGCCUUCUGGCGUCUCUGGCGCUGUUGAAUGGAGAAAGCUUUAUUGUUCCCUUCGGGCAGGAGUGUUCGUGUCCUCUAUGGCGCUGUCAAUAAAGAACGGCAGUUUGAAUCGGUGCUGAACAGGGUGUAGCCCUGACCCUCAAGAAGUGGGUUCUGGAAGAAGAGAGGGUGAGACGUCCUGGGGCAGGGCCGCCGCGAUGGAGCUCCCCAACUACAGCCAGCAGCUGCUGCAGCAGCUCUACACCCUGUGCAAGGAGCAGCAGUUCUGCGACUGCACCGUCUCCAUCGGCGCCAUUUACUUCAGGGCCCACAAGCUCGUCCUGGCCGCGGCCAGCCUCCUGUUCAAAACCCUGCUGGACAACACCGACACCAUCUCCAUCGACGCGUCCGUGGUGAGCCCCGAGGAGUUCGCCCUCCUGCUCGAGAUGAUGUACACUGGCAAGCUGCCCGUGGGCAAGCACAACUUCUCCAAAAUCAUCUCUCUAGCCGACAGCCUGCAGAUGUUUGACGUGGCCGUUAGUUGUAAAAACCUUCUGACCAACCUCGUAAGCUGCUCUGUUCAGGGCCAGCUGGUGCGGGAUGUCUCCACGGUGCCCACAGAUCCGGGCACGAAGGAGUCGGAGAAGGAGAAGCCCGAGGCGGAGAUCCUGUCCCCGGAGGGUGCCCGAGAGCCUUACUCACCCCUGGAAGGCUCUGCGUCCCCAGGGGGCACCGUGAGAGCCGAGGCUGGGGAGGCUGUCUGUACGGUGGCACAGGAGAUGAGUGCGGGUCCUUCCACUGCCCAGGAGGCUCGGGGGAACGCACACACCGCAGUGGAGACCCCUCACGCCGCUGAAGGUGCUGCCCCGGCCCCUGCCGGACAAGCCUUGAGGGAGGCGAGGGAGGUGAGGGAGGCGGGCUCGGGACCAGAGUAUGAGAGGAAACACCAUCAGCUGAAUUUUCUUCUAGAAAAUGAAAGUAUCUUCUCUGAAGCACUCUUGGUUACCCAGGAUAUUUCAAAAAGACUAGAAGAAUGUUCAGAAAUUCAAGGUGCACAGGAGGAGACUAUAAUGGGAUGUCUUGAGGGUGAAGAAGGACGUUCAGCAUUCCAGAGAAUCCUGGAUAAAGUGAGAGACGAGAGCCUGGAUGUUCAGACCGUUGUGUCUCUGUUGAGGCUAUGCCAGGAUUCCAGUCCCGCGGUAAAGGCAGCGUUGUUAGACAGAGAGCCAGAAGACAUGGAAGCGGUACAGCCGAAAGGGAGCACAGAGGAGGGAAAGACCUUGUCUGCUCUGUUACUAGAACACAAAGAGGACCUGAUCCAGUGUGUCACACAGCAGAGACCUAUCCUGCGGUUCCUGGAAACAGCCAAGGAGGAAUUCCUGACUGGCGCCGAGAGAAGGGUGCUCCUGAGUUGCUGCGAGGGUGGGACGCCCAAGGAGACCGUGGAGAAGCUACUGCACAGAGUGUCUGAAGACCAGACCCUGACUGCAGAGAGUUUGGUGAAACUCCUUCAGGCUGUGAAACCUACGUCCCCAAACUUGGGCCUUCUGCUGGAGAAUUUGCAGAAAUUAGCCACUUCGCCAAGCACCACAGUCCAAGUGAGCCCCGAUGAUUAUGGGACUGAGCUGUUGAGACGAUAUCACGAAAACCUCUCAGAGAUUUUCACAGACAACCAGAUGUUGUUAAAAAUGAUCCCACACAUGAAGGGUUUAGCCCCUGGAGAAAGAGAGGUCAUGGAGAAGCUUGUGAAACAGGACUCUGGCUCGGGUGGCUUCAGUUCUCUGAUGUCAGCAGUUCUAGAAAAGCAGACUGUCUCUGCAACAGCCAUUUGGCAACUGCUGCUGGUGGCUCAGGAGACAAAGACUGGCCCAUUGAACCUGCUCAUGGAGGAAAUAAAACGGGAGCCUGGUGCUGAUGCUUUCUUCCGGGCAGCGGCCAACCCAGAAAGUGCGGCCUUAGAAGCCAUGCUGAGGCAUCACAGGCUGAUCCUGGAGGCCAUCCAACAAGGGACUGGACGCAAGUGCUUUACCACAGAGGAGGGGCAGCUUGCAGAGGCUGUGAAGGAGAUUCUGAGCAUUUCCCCCGAGACAGCCAGCCCUGAAGCUUCCCUGAAAGCAGUGCUGAGCAGAGCCAUGGAAAAAUCUGUCUCAGCCCUUGAACUAUGUCACCUCCUGUGCCGCGUCCACAGAUCUUUCCCAGGCCUGCAGCCGGUCAUGCAAGAGCUAGCAUGCAGUGGCUUCCUUACUCAGGAGAGUGGAGAGAAGGAAAGGUGGAAAGUGAGCAAUAAAUUUCAGCGCAUACUCAAUGACAGUGAGAAGGUGGCCGAGCCAAUGGAGGAAGGCUGCCGGUCUGAGACACAGAGCCGUCCAGGAGAGACUGACUCUGUGCCAGAGCCGCAAGCGAAAGACAUGUCUGCCUCCCCCGACGCUGCCAAGAAGAGCUUCGUCUGUAAGGCCUGUGACAAAAGCUUCCACUUCUACUGCCGUCUGAAGGUGCAUAUGAAGCGCUGCCGCGUGGCCAAGAGCCGACAGGUGCAGUGCAAGGAGUGCAGUGAGACCAAGGAGUCUAAGAAGGAGCUGGAAAAACACCAGCUGGAGGCCCAUGGUGGCGGAGGGGAGCCCGAUGUCCCGAAGAAGAAGAAGAAGAGGCUUCCGGUGACGUGUGACCUCUGUGGGAGAGAAUUUGCCCAUGCCUCAGGCAUGCAGUACCACAAACUGACAGAGCACUUUGAUGAGAAGCCUUUCUCCUGUGAAGAGUGCGGGGCCAAGUUUGCCGCCAAUUCCACCCUGAAGAACCACCUUCGCCUUCACACCGGGGACCGCCCAUUCAUGUGCAAGCACUGCCUUAUGACCUUUACCCAGGCUUCCGCCCUGGCCUAUCACACCAAGAAGAAGCACUCAGAAGGGAAAAUGUAUGCCUGCCAGUACUGUGAUGCUGUGUUCGCCCAGUCCAUUGAGCUGUCCCGCCACGUGAGGACCCACACUGGGGACAAGCCAUAUGUCUGCAGGGACUGUGGCAAGGGCUUCCGGCAAGCCAAUGGCCUGUCCAUCCACCUACACACCUUUCACAACAUAGAAGAUCCCUACGACUGCAAGAAAUGCCGGAUGAGCUUCCCCACCCUGCAGGACCAUCGCAAGCACAUCCAUGAGGUCCACUCCAAGGAGUACCACCCCUGCCCCACCUGCGGGAAGAUCUUCAGCGCCCCUUCCAUGCUGGAGCGGCACAUGGUGACCCACGUGGGGGGGAAGCCCUUCAGCUGCGGCAUCUGCAACAAGGCCUACCAGCAAUUGUCUGGUUUGUGGUACCACAAUCGGACCCACCACCCUGAUGUGUUUGCCGCUCAGAACCACCGGUCUUCCAAGUUCUCGUCACUCCAGUGCAGCUCCUGUGACAAAGCCUUUUCCAACACGGUUGAGCACAAGAAGCACAUCAAAGCGGAGCAUGCAGACAUGAAGUUCCACGAGUGUGACCAAUGUAAGGAGCUAUUCCCCACGCCAGCUUUGCUGCAGGUUCACAUCAAGUGCCAGCAUUCAGGGUCACAGCCGUUCAGGUGCUUGUACUGUGCAGCUACCUUCCGCUUCCCCGGAGCACUGCAGCACCAUGUCACAACAGAGCACUUCAAGCAGUCGGAGAGCACCUUCCCCUGUGAGCUCUGCGGGGAGCUCUUCACCUCGCAGGCCCAGCUUGAUGGCCACUUGGAAUCUGAACACCCAAAGGUGACGGGCUCUGAAACUCAAGCAGCAGCCUCACAGGUGGUACAGGUGAUCCAAACCCCAGAGCCGGCUGCCCCGACAGAGCAGGUGAUCACUUUGGAGGAGACCCAGCUUGCUGGGUCGCAGGUGUUUGUGACCUUGCCAGAUGCGCAGACAUCUCAGACCAGCUCUGAGCUCGUGGCGGUGACCGUGGAGGAUUUGCUGGAUGGUACCGUGACCCUCAUCUGUGGUGAGGCCAAGUGAGCAGCUUCUCACCCAGUGGAGGCCCUGCAUUUGCCGCAGAGAACGUUCCACGGCUUGCCCUCUGCCCCCGUCCCUGGCUAUCCCAAGUGGUGGGCAUCUCGGCCUCCGCCAGCCGGAACACUCGCACUUCGUUCCCAUAGAACCGACAGUGCUGGAGUCAUCGGCACCGACCCCGUUGCCCUCCAGAGGGGACAGGCCUACUGCAGUGGCCCCUGUGAUGAGCAGUGGCCUAGGAGCCAGUGACCAGGGCACCAGAGAGGUGCUGGGUGCCGGCUGCCUUCACUGUGCAGAAUGGCAGGGGCCUGUGGGACCGCGGCCCGCAGAUGGGGGCUGCCAGUGCUCCUGGCCAGUUAGAACUGAGAGCUACACACCAGCAGAGCAGCCAGAGACCGCAGGCUGGAGCCCACAGGGCCCUUCCUCACUCUGCCGUGCUCCCAUGUGCUCAGGCAGCACAGCCCUCUCCCGGAGGCAGGAUGGGGAGCAGCGUGUUCACACCAGAAGGCCUCGUUUCCAGGCCAAGUCCCACCCCGUCCGGACAGUGAGCCCUUCCCCAAACGAGGCUUUGCGGUGUUCCUGCGGGACGCUGUUGGUGUGGGGCCAUCCCGCUGCAGAGACCGGCCUGCCUUUCCAGGGUAUUUCCCUCGGUGCCCUGUGCCUGAAGGCUGGUCCCCACAGCCUUCCCGUGUCCUCCCCACCCCUGUUCCCACUCAGAGCGGGAAAGGUCUCCAUGGCCUGUGAGCCUCGCCCCCUCGCUCUGGAGCUGGCGUUACGGCUAAUGAACCAGGGCGGGGCUGGGUGCACUGGUGCCCGCGGUCGCCCGCCUUGUGAGUGGCUUGCUGUCCCACUCUCCCAGGCUGUCACUGUUCCCGCAGGGUCGUGAGCCUCUGGAGGCUGAAUUUCACAAAGCUUUUUUAUCUUCAGUUCCUAAAAUAUAAUCUGAUAAUUAAUGGUUUGUGGAAUCCAUUGUGAAGUGCAAUUAGAUGGAUGUAGGUUCCCGCCGUUUGGAGGGAAUGACUAGCAUUUAUCUUCCUUUCCUUAAUGCCAGGAGGGCGAGGUCUGCUAGCGCAGUGCUUACACACCGGGCGCGGCUCGCAGGGCUUCACCCCCUGCGGAGGUGGUGCCUGGUUGCGUCACUCCCCGGCAGGCCCGCGCCUCCUUUCCCAGCACAUGUCAGCGUCGCCAGGUACAAGCAGGGGCAGGGGUCAGUUUGGGACUCGCUGAGAACUUUUACUGCCCCCGCGCACUGCUGGGAGGGCAGAAGGCAGAGCCUUGCCGCUGACCAGUGUGCUCGCUGCAGCCACCUGGCUGCGUGCGGGUGGCGAGUCCCAGCGCGGGCCGCCGCGCACACCAGGCAGCUCGCCACUCCUGCCUCUGCUCGUGUCCUCGUUGUGAUGUGCACUGUCACUUGAGCUUGUCAGCUCAGGGAUCCUCCCGUUGCGGAGUAAAUGAAGUUUUUAAAGGCGAGUCCUUGAAAGCCAAAACCUGACCAGAAGAUGGUGCUCAAACCUUUAAGACGCGGCCUCCACAUGCAGCCCUCGCGGCUCCUGCCACAGCUGUCUCUCCUGAAAGGUCUCCAUCCUAUGAGCUGUCAGCCCAGGGGAGCUCUUGAUCUGCGAGGGGCAGAGCAGCACUGGAUCUCCCCGUGGCACCAGAUCAAACCCUCUGGAAGAGGAUGGGGCAGCCCAGCCCGGCCGUUAAGAGUGCCUGCUGCUCACGGGCCACCGUGGUGCCACCGGAGAGUCCCUUCUAGUCAAGAAACAAACAAAAACUUAAUUGCUGAGGGCCUGGAGGGACAGGUGAUUUUUCUUUUUUAAAAAGUCCUCUGAUGAAAGAAAGCUGUAAGUUUUUAAACCAAGUUCCAGAUCUUGUCAAGUUCCGAGAAAUACUUGCUCAGGUCUUCGACGGAACCCCGCAUUGUGACAGCGCACACCUUUCCUCCAGCCUGCCGUGCUGGGAGCCCGCAGACACCUGCAGCCCGCCGUGCUGGGAGCAAUCGGGGGCUGCACCCGGGGACACGCCGCUCCCCUGGCACAUUCGGCCGGAGGCAUGGAGUCUGUGCUGCUUCUAGUGACAGUGAGGACAGGGUGUCCCGAAUCUAGUCUUCACUCUGCGUGGGCCUCUGCAGGGCGCUGUGUUGGCCACAGUCUUAAGAGUCACUCCCCGGAGACUCCCAAGUGUGAAUUUUCACUCCCCGGAGAUGCCCAAGUAUGGAUUUUAAUUGUAGGAAGACUUUUUCUAGCUCUAUUUGGCCAUCUCUGUUCUUUCCUCCCACUGCUGCCCAAGAGACCUUCUGAAUGUCUGCCACAGAUGACACUGUCAUUGUGCUCUCUUUGGUCCCCGUCACUUGCAGAGGUGUCUGGCUGCCUCGCUGCCGUGGGUGUGUCCUGCUGGCCUCCAGGCUGAGCCCUGGGGCGUUGGCGCUGGUGUGGAGGAGCCUGUAGACUUCCUGGGUGCACUCAGUGGGACCGCAGACUUUCUCUGCUCCCAGAGUUCAGGAGGCAGCCCAUAGCGAGGAGGGGAAAGGCAGCCAGAGUCCGAGCUGGAGCCUAAUUCUGUGGGAGUAACGGGGAUCACUUAGGGAACGGGAUUUGCCAUCCCAGGUAAGUGAGAUGACGAAUAGGAGACUGAAGCAAGGCUUGCCCAAGGAACAUGGGACUGUCCCAAGUACAGGAGCAGCAUCUGGGGCCGGGGGUGCAGCAGAGGGGCAGAGCCAUAAAGACUGCCUCUACUGUCUCAGAAGCUUUAUGCUUAGAUGCCCUUGAGCCCAGCAAGUGCCAGGCUCUGUGCUGUGAAUCCUGGAUUCCCCUGGUGAUCCAUCCAGGGCUUCUCUGUGGAAACACUCUGACCCUCCCCUCCCAGCAGCCAUGGGCAUCGGCCUCAUCCCCCGUCCCCAGGAAAGAACAAGGUCCUGUUUGACAGGGUGAAUGUGGGGGGUGAGGGAGGGGGCCUACUGUGCUCAUGGUUUCAGUAAAUCAGGUGCACUCUCACAAUCGAGAAAGAUGAGAUGGGCCCUAAGAGUUUCUCACCGCCGGUGACGUCACAGUCACCACAAGCUGAUGACGUAUUAAUGAAAUGGGAGAGCUGUGCCUUUAAGUCUCAGCAUGCCUUAGGUCUGUGAAUUGCCUAAGGGAUGGAAGAAACCGGUGACCUCGCAUGGAAUGGUUCUAGGGGACAAGCAGCAUUUCCAUUGGGACUAGAAAGCUGGACAGUGAUGGAGAAAUUGCUGGGAUGUGUUAAUCAUUCCUCCCAGAGAAAGAGCAGCAGCCCCAGCCCUGCUCCUCUUGAUCCAGUGUCCCCUAGAGCCCCGUGAGCGGUAGGGAAGAAACGGGAUCAGCAGUAAGAUUUGGGGUUGAACAGGGUAUCGGAGGCAAGUCGAUGACAAUUGUUUUGUUGCCAUGGGAAACCUUGGGGCCGACAGGACCUGGGCCAAAGCCUCAAAGCACAGCCAGAACCCAGAAGUUUCCUGCACCUGCAGCUGUGCCUCUAAGGACGAGAGAAGCCGCCUGUGUUCGAGGGGGUCACGUUGUUGAGAACAAUUAUCGCCUGGGCUAAUUCACGUUGUGUCCCAGCCGUGGAAAUGUUCACCGCUUCUCUUCCGGAGGCCGACACACCUCCCAGCAUGGUCAGGACAGGUAGCCAGCACCCGGUGCUGUAAAUUAGGUUAUAAACCAUUAUUUUCAUUUAACUUGCACUGUUCUGUAUAAAUAAAAUACACACUUUGAAAAUCU